GCGAAGAACACGAAAUCAUACACUCGACCACAAGUCUAAUUAAGUCUACAACAACAACAACCUCCUCCUUACUCAAUACCAUGGGCACCAUAGAAACCCAAACCGGGUUUAAAUUAGUUGGGUUCAACAACUUCGUCCGAACCAACCCAAAAUCAGACCGGUUCAAAGUGAAACGUUUCCACCACGUCGAAUUUUGGUGCCCCGACGCAACCAACACCGCACGCCGCUUCUCAUGGGGACUCGGAAUGCCUAUCGUAGCUAAAUCCGACCUCUCUACCGGAAAUCAAACUCACGCUUCCUAUCUCCUCCGCUCCGGCGACCUCAAUUUCCUCUUCACCGCCGCUUAUUCCCCAUCAAUUUCUCUUUCUGCUCCUCAUCCAACCGCCUCAAUUCCAUCUUUCUCCGCACCCACCUCCUUCGCCUUCUCCGCCUCCCACGGCCUUGGCGUCCGCGCUGUCGCAAUCGAAGUCGACGACGCCGAAUUCGCCUACACAACAAGCGUAAACCACGGCGCGAUCCCGUCGUCUCCUCCCGUCGUCCUCGACAACCGCGUCAAACUCGCUGAAGUUCAACUCUACGGCGACGUCGUUUUGCGUUAUGUCAGUUACAACGAUCCGAUCGAAACCUCAAACCCUAACCCUAACCACUGGUUCCUCCCUGGCUUCGAACCAGUAGAAGAAACAUCCUCUAACCAAUCAAUCGACUUCGGAAUCCAACGACUAGACCACGCCGUCGGAAACGUACCGGAACUUUCAUCAGCACUGAAUUACGUGAAACAAUUCACUGGUUUUCACGAAUUCGCCGAAUUCACAGCGGAAGACGUUGGAACGAGUGAGAGUGGGUUGAACUCAACAGUACUAGCGAACAAUGAAGAAACGGUUUUGCUUCCGAUGAACGAACCGGUUUACGGUACCAAAAGAAAGAGUCAGAUACAAACUUAUUUGGAACACAACGAAGGUGCUGGGUUACAGCAUUUAGCAUUGAUGUCAAAUGAUAUAUUCAAGACAUUGAGAGAGAUGAGGAAGAGAAGUGGUAUUGGUGGAUUUGAGUUUAUGCCUUCACCACCACCAACUUAUUAUAGUAAUUUGAAGAAACGUGUUGGUGAUGUUUUGAAUGAUGAACAGAUUAAGGAGUGUGAGGAGCUUGGGAUUCUGGUUGAUAAAGAUGAUCAGGGUACUCUGCUUCAGAUUUUCACUAAGCCUGUUGGAGAUAGGCCAACCAUAUUUAUAGAGAUAAUUCAGAGAGUUGGAUGCAUGCUCAAGGAUGAUGAAGGGAAGGAGUACCAAAAGGGAGGGUGUGGAGGCUUUGGUAAAGGAAACUUCUCAGAGCUUUUCAAAUCCAUUGAAGAAUAUGAGAAGACUUUGGAAAUAAAAAGAACCGCAUGAUCCAUGUUGCGAUCUUGUUUGUGUUGCUAUCUAAUGUAAUAAGUCAUUUGCUAAUCUCCAUUGGUCUUCUCAUCCUUUCUUUGACCAAGUAAUGUGUGGGAGUUUGGAUCCCUUUCAACAAGGUUGUUCUUAUUAUAGUGAGACAACUAAAUGUAAAUCCCACGCUUGUAUUCCGACAUAUAAUAAAUAAAUGUGUUAUAUUUUUGAGUUAGAAACCAUACUUGAACACAAUAA